ACGCCGCGCCGCGCCCAAUCCGGUGGCAGCCCCUCAGGCCUCUCAGGCGAUUGCCGAUCGUCUCGGCAGCCCCGCAGGCGCUGCCCGAUGCGUCGGUGCGGAGGGGUAAGAUGGCUCUGUCGCGGGGGCUGAGGUGCUGCCAGCGGGCGUUCUCCUGGCUGCCCGUCCUCAUCAUCACCCUCGUCGUCCUCUGGUCCUACUACGCCUACGUCUGCGAGCUGUGUCUGGUGACCCUGAGCAACCCCGUGGAGAAAGUGGCCUAUCUUAUAAUAUUCCAUAUUCUCUUUGUGCUCUUUGUGUGGACAUACUGGAAGUCUAUUUUCACUCUCCCACUGCAGCCAGGCAAAAAGUACCACAUGUCCUACGCUGACAAGGAGCGCUACGAGAACGAGGAGAGGCCAGAGGUGCAGAGGCAAAUCCUCACUGAACUCGCACGGAAGCUGCCAGUGUACACCAGGACAGGGAAUGGAGGUAUCCGAUUCUGUGACAGAUGCCAGCUCAUCAAACCCGAUCGCUGUCACCACUGCUCUGUCUGUGCUGUAUGUGUGCUAAAAAUGGAUCAUCACUGUCCGUGGGUGAAUAACUGCAUUGGAUUUUCUAACUACAAAUUCUUUCUACUGUUCUUAGCCUAUUCUUUGUUGUAUUGCUUGUAUAUUGCUGCAACAGUCUUCAAGUAUUUCAUUAAGUAUUGGACAGGUGAACUGACGAACGGCCGGUCCAAAUUCCAUGUCCUUUUCCUUCUCUUUGUGGCCAUCAUGUUCUUUGUAAGCCUGAUGUUUCUGUUUGGCUACCACUGCUGGCUCGUCAGUAGGAACAGAUCUACUCUUGAGGCUUUCUCAACUCCAGUGUUUCAGAACGGCCCAGAUAAAAAUGGAUUCAAUCUUGGCUUUGUAAAGAACCUUCAGCAAGUGUUUGGAGAAGACAAAAAGCUGUGGUUACUCCCUAUUGCCUCUAGCCAGGGGGAUGGACAUUUUUUCCCCAUGAGAGUUUUGUGUGAAGCUCAGAACCCUCUCCUAGGGAAUGAAGAGCAGUGGGAAGGUGAUGGAAUAGAUGAAGAACCUCAUGAUUCUGGUGAAGCUUCAUCCCUCGUCAUAGAAAGGGAGACAUAGCACUGUGAGAAGGCAGCAGGAUAAAGCUGCUUCAGAGAGCUUCCCUCUCAGGAGUCAACAUUCCUUCUCUUGGCAUGGACUUCAGUUCUGAGGGGCAGACAAGUGGAUCUUCAGGAUGAGAAAACAUUAUGAAGUAUCAUCUGAUUGGAACCUGCAUUCUAGAGUGCUUCUCCAGAAAUCCUGCCAGCCAGAUGUUUCAAGGCUUUAUAAGUUUAAGUUUUGGAGUGAACAGAACAGUUUUGUAGAGUGAUUCUGGCCAGUCUUCUUUGGCCUGCUCUCUUUAUUUUAUAAAUAAUAUAUAUAUUUUUUAUUCUACAUAAGUAAAAAGUACUGACACGAGGGCAUUUCCAGAGGCCUUUUCGUGUUGCAGACAUCAGGGACUUGAAAUUCUUCCAAGCCAUAAUAUUCUUGGGAAUGGUAUUUAUUUUGAGACUGAUUCUCUGACAAGUGGUGUUUCCUAAUGUGUUUAAAGUUCUGCUUGAGCCACUUAAACUCAGUGAGAGACAGACCUGCUGAAAUUUGGUACUAAGUUGAUGGUUGGCUCCAAGUGUUUAAAGAAAAAGAGCUGACGAUGCUCAUACACGUGUGCAGCUGUGUGUGAAAAUAAAACAUUCACAUUGCCAGUAUCAAGAUUCAAGAAUAUUGUGGCCAUAGAGUUUUUUACACUUUUUUGGGUUUUUGCUUUUUGAGUGGUGUUUAAUUAUCUUGGAGCUUGAGUUAUAGUGCCCCUUAAGCUCAAUCCUGCUUGCAGUCACCCAAAAUGCAAAAGGGAACUUCAAACAAUCCAGUUUGCAUUAAUUCCUAGGGCUGAAAUGACAGAGUUUGCCUGAUAAUUAGAGUACUGUCAGCUCAUUCCUGUGAGUUUGAUGGGAAUGCUGUGUGUGUGGAGUCAGAGAGGAAAAUGUAAAUUGGAAAGACACAAGUUGGGAAUGUGCACUGGAAGUUCAGCUCCAGCAGCAGUGUUUGGGGGUUACACCCCACAGAGGUGGUUUGGGUCCCAUAAUGCUGAAGACUCAAGUGAUGUAUUGAAUUUUUUCAGACUUUUUCCUCCAUAAAUGUAUUGAGUGGUGGUUUAAAGGUUUUUCAGCAGUAAGAGGUGAUCAGAUUUCUUACUAAUUUUGUUCCAUGUGCAGUCAAAGGAAUGUAUCACUGGUUUUAUUCUGUGCAGUGGGACUGAGGAUCUGCUGGUGGGAUUAUGUGCAUUUUCCUAGUCCUGAGGCUUUUUUUUAUUUGCAUGAUUCAGACCUGGCAGCUCCAUCCCUUGUGUUUGAAUUAGGUGCAUGCUCCACUAUUACUGUACUGCCUUGAACUGGUCUGUUACUGUUUCCUGUCCCCUUUUUGUGUUUGUUUAUCAGCUCUUUGUGCUGACACUGACUGCAGAAGCAGUUGUGCUAUCAUGAGGAAUUACCCAGUGAGUGUCUUUUUGGUGACACAGGUUCUGCCUCCAUACUAAAUCCUUUUUCCCUCUGUUUACUCUGCUGCUGCUACCAGUGGAAAUGUUUGAGAGACAGAAUCUCACAGAGAUUUUUCUGUCCAUAUGGGAAAGUGUUUAACUGCCUGGUACAAGCUCUGCCCUGCAGACAGGAAUGUUAUCCAGCAGCCUCUGCAGAUGGGUGCAGAGCAGGCAGCUCUGUAGGGUGUCCCAUUGCUGGAGUUCAGUUGUUAGGAGGCAGGGGGUGUGCAGGGCUCCCUCCUCCUCCAAGCAGUACUGAACACUCUGAAUAUUCCUGCUUCAACCUUGUCUUGUCAGGUGGUUCUCUCAUCAAAUGGUUGUUGAAUGCUGGAACACUUUUUUCCUGUCAGUCUGAGCUGGCAUUUCUAAUGCAAAUCUCUUGCUGGACCUUAAAGCUGUGGUUGAGGGAAGGUGGCAGGAGAAUUAAUUGCCUCAUUUCUGGCAAAAUGUGUUCUGGAGGAGGAUCUUGAGAGGAGGAUGGCAGCUAAACACAGUAAGAAAAUGGACAGGAAUUUAGCACCAACAGGGGUGCUAUUUGUGCCUUUUACACCUCUUUAAAUCCCUUGUAUAUAAAACCAGGCAGAUGGUUUGGAGACUUUUUGUCUCAUUCUGUCAGCCCAGGUGUAUUUUUAAUCCAGGAGCAUCCGAGGUGUGUCCCAAGCUCCUCUGUGGCCACUGGGCCAGGUGCUGUCAGGGUUCUGACUGUCAGGAAGACCACCAGGUGCUGCCUGUCAUUCCACCAAGUCAGGCUGUGACACGCGUGUCCUGAGAGACACCCAGCCCACGGGUGACAGAGACCUCCCAGGAGUGUCUGACGGUGCUGAGCACAACCACAGGUUUGUUAGUGUGGGUUCAGCCCCAGCACAGCAGGUUCUACCUCACCUUUGUCCCCUUUGUGGUUUGUAUUUCAGCAUUCCACAAACACAUUUCACCUCCUUUGUGUGAGCAAGGACUUUCCCUGCUCUCAGCAGCUUUCCUGAGGGGAUGUGGGUGUGUGGAAGAACAAACACUCUUGCUGGAUUUUGCUUUGACACCUGCCAAGCUGUGUCACCUCUGGACUCACCCAUUAAUCCUCCAAAAUAACUGACUGCUAACAACCACCUCCCCCUCUCCUCUCCCAUUUACCUUCAGGUACACUGUACCCUAAAAAAAAAGAAAAAAAAAUAGAGAUAGCAUCAUAUUAACUAGAGAAACAUCAUAUUGAUGAUGACUUGGGGUAAGUUGUGUCCUUGGCCAGCAAGUCCUGCCUGAGGAAUCAGGACUUUAAAUCUCACUGCACUGCAGUUUAGUUUUGUCUCUUCCUGGCUUGGUGUGGGCCUGGAGUGCCCAGGAGCAGCAGGGUCCUGGCACCACUCUAGCAAUCAGUGUUUACUUUGUGGAACUGACCAGAAAUGAUUCAGUAGAAUCUAUCCUAGCUGUAGUUUUUUUAACUCCCUAUGCUGGUAUGGACUGAAAGCACAAUGUUGAUUAGUUGUCAAACCUGAUGCAUAAAGUCUGUAACACAAUGUGAAUGUAAAGUCUCAGGAGGAAAAAAAAAA